AUGCGCAAUAACAAGGGGCGCAGCACCUCUGAUGACGACGAGGAGUGGCUCGGCGGCGACGAUGGCGGGUACCGCAGUGGCGGCAGCAGCCACGGCAACGCACAGCGCGUCCGCCGCGCGGCCGUGCAGCAGACGGCGCGCGCCGGCAGCAACGCGGGGCGCUCGCGCCCGACCAACAACCAACUCCUUUACAAGGCCUACUUUCGGUGGAAUCACUACAGCUUCAAGCUGCGCAACGGCACCCAGCACCUGCCCACAGAGACGGACGCCUGCGCCAGCCCGGCGCGCCGCCGCAGGGCACGGGCGACGUCGGAGGGCGCGGCGCGGCGCGGCGCGGCGCGGGAGGCUGACUUUGCGCGGCUGAUGGCGCCCCUCCAAGCGCCCUCUCUUUACCUGGCCCCACCACGCGUUGCGCAUGGGCGCCCGCAGGUGCUGCACACGCUGCAUGUGGCGGAGUCGUGCCGCAUCGCGGAGCGGCGCAACAUCCUGCAGAUCCUGUCAAACAACACGCGCCGCACAAAGGUGGUCGAGCUCACCACCGGCACCCACCGCGUGCCUGAUGAGCUGCGCAAGCACUAUCUGUCAGAUGGAGAGGCGGGGCAGUACUCGACAAACCUGGACCGCAACAGAUACGGCAACGACGACCAAUACCUGUUCACGGUCAUCCGCUACGACCUGGAGUACCUGGGGCUGUGCCCCUGCAUGGUGGACGUCGAAAUCAUCGACGCCAAAAACGACAACCAGCCGUUCGAGAUCACGCCCGCCGCCCCUGCCGCGUCGCGCCCGCAGUCGAUAUUCGUGAGCGCGGGGCCGGAGGCGUGCUCGUGCCACAAGGUCUGGCCGCAUGGGGUGGCCGGCGGCAUGGGCGGCGGCAUGCGCGGCGCGGUGCCGCCGCAGGCGCAGCAGGCGUUUGGCAUGCGCCCCGGCCUGCCGUUCAUGGCCGGCGCGCUGCCGGGCCUGCAGCAGAUGGGGCUGGGCAUGCCGCCAAUGGGCAUGGGCGCCAUGGGCCAGAUCAUGGGCGCCGCGCUGCAGCAGCACCACGCCGCGGCCGUCGCCGCGGCCGCGGCGGCCGCGCAGCAGCAGCCGUCGAGCCCGAGGCGCAGCAACAGCGGCGUGAGCCACGCGUUCGACGCGCUCGUCAUGGCGGCGACGGGGGAGACGGAAGAGGAAGGGGGAGAGGCUGGGGCGGGCGAUGGCGAGCAGCCGCAGGUGGAUAGGCGCGGCCGGGGGCGUUGCCGCGGGUCCUGA